AUGUGGAACGACACCUUAGAAGACCCGUGCGCGGUCUCUUUUAUCGAUCAGCCGGUCGUAAAGUACCCGCUCAUGGCCCUCUACAUAAUCGUGUUCGUCGUCUGUCUCUUCGGUCAGUUGUUUGCAGCGGCGAAUCGUCGUUCUUUGCACCGUUCCCGUUAUCUUUUGGUCUUUCAAUUGGCAGCGACGAAUUUAGUAGAUUCUAGUUUCUAGAGUACAUGUUUCACGCGAUACGUUUCCAUAUUUAGCACAGAGAACAGCUCCAAUUUCCGAAAAAAAGAACGCAUAUUGUUUCAGGCAACCUGCUGACUCUGCUGGUGAUGACUACUCAUCCGUCGAUGCGCACCGCCACCAACUUCUUCCUCUGCAACCUGGCAGUGGCCGAUCUGCUCGUCGCAGUCUUCUGCAUCCUUCAGAACAUGAUUCACAUUGUGGGCUUUGAUCACGGAAACUGGCCGCUCGGCUUCGUAAUGUGCAAAUUAUACCUCGGGUUCACAAAUGUCAUGCCCUGUACAAGUGCAGGAAUCCUUGUUUUGGUUUCGAUGGAGAAGUACAUCGCCGUGCUCCAUCCGCUUUCCGGGCUCAAAUGGCUCACACAAGAGCAUCGGAUUGCAGCUAGUGGAACCGUUUGGAUUCUCAGUGUCGCCAUCAAUUUUCCCUAUUUUCUCUAUGCUCAGAAAUUCGAGUACGGAGGAGUCAGCGCCUGUUUCAGAGGCUCGUAAGUUUGAAAGUCUUGCAGAUUGAUUGUACUGAACCAUAAUGACUUCAGAAUGCCCCUCUGGAACUCAUUCUCUUUUUUCGUCUGGUACCUGGUUCCUCUGACUGCUCUUGUGUUCAUCUACUCUCGGAUCAGUCAUCUUUUGUGGACAUCUGACAGUAACCGGCAGAGCAGCAGGCAGAGCAACGGUAAAGAGGAAGCAGUCAUGGAGUCAGCUGGAAAGCGGUGUUUCAGAAUCGAACGGAUCGCAGGGGAAUGGGACUGUAGCGGGAGCCAGUUGGCAAAUGAAGAACGGAAGAGUGGUGGUGUACAAGCAGGAGAGCCUCCUAAACGUGCCAAUCAGGGAGAAGAAGGCGAAAGAGCCGAAGAGACCUAAAGACAGCGAAGGGAGACGGAAAGUAGGACAGGAAGUCUUAUCACGGCAAAUUACUUGCAUGUUCAGGUGGUCCGACUGCUGGUUGCUGUCGUCGUUUCGUUUGCCGUUCUUACGUUUCCCCAUCAUGCACGUCUUCUUAUUACAGUGAGUUACUUAAAAUUCUACCAAGCCUCUUUUCUUCCCAUUUGUUUAUCAGACUCUAAUUACAUUAUACCUACUUAUUUUGUGUUUUCAAGCAAUGCCAUGUCCGAAAAAUACUCACAAUAGUCGAAAAAUAACAAAGAAGAGGGGGGCGCACGACGCGAAAUCCUUUCUCUUGAAAAUAAAUAGAAGCCAAAUGUUCUUGCUCUUUCGAAUAACACGACAAUACCUAUUCAGAGCUUCCAAACGGGCACAAUCUGUAAUUCGCAUUGGACGAUGCUCGCGCAGCCGCUCUCCUACAUCUUCCUCUUCAUAUCCUCCGCAAUCAAUCCGAUAUUGUACGCGUGUCUCUCCAAACGGUUCCGAAAUGCGAUGUGGGAUGUUCUCUACUGCAGGUACCGCCUUCCUACCAUGAAUUUAAUACUUUAGUUCUGCUUCAGGAAAGGAGUCUUCACGAUAAUCUCGCGAUCUCGCAACCGCACUCUUGUCAGUGACGUGCCUCCAGAGGAUUCGCGCUGUCCGAGUCCGGCGGCAAUCAGAAUGAACAGAAUCAGAUGA